AUGGAGGGCGAUAUGAGCGAGGAGGCGGUUCACAUUAGAAUUGAUGGCGAGAGCAUGGUGCGGAUACAGUUGCAGGAGAACAGCAGGGACAGGCUACCAGAGGGCAGGGCUGACGUGGAAAGCAGGGAGGAGCGAGAGCAUGGUGGCGAGCUCGGGAAGAAGGCCGCAGGGAGGAGGGAGUCAGAGCAGUUUAGUGUGAUGGUGCAGCAGGCACGGUCGUCAGGAAAUGAGGGCCAGACGGGGGAGAAACAGAAUCGGCACAGUCGGUCUAAGAGCAUGGGGGGCAGCAGGGGAGGCACAUCACACAGGCGAGGCGUGAGUAUGGAUGCGUCCAUGCAUGGCGCUCAUGCACGCCCGGCAACUGCUGCUGCUCCGGCGAAUGCCGAUGCUGCUGCGGCUGCUAGUGCUUCAGCAGCUGCACUGCUCCCCAGCAGCAGGGAUCCCAAGGGGAGACUCACCCAAUCGGCCAGCUUCGGCGGCCGUGCUGCAGGCUCCAUCGCACCAUCUGCCGCUUCUUCUCUCACCCACACACGCACCUUCCAUGGCACCUCUGCUGCCACCCGAGCUGCAGCAUCCACGGCUGUUAGCACCGCAACCUCUGCUGCCGCCGCCACUGCUGCUGGUGCCGGUGCUGACGCUGUUGCAACCAGGGCCAAGGCUCUCCCACCCGGCCUUCCUGCGUCUGCUUCCCGCACCUGUAAACCCAGUGGGGCGCACAGGCGCAGUGCUUCCUUCGGCGGACACGCACUACAGGACAGGAGCGGGUGCGUUAUGGGCCACAGGGUAGUGGAUACGAAGGCAGGGAAGGAGAGUGGGAGAGAGUUAGGAGCGUGUGAGCAAGGGCAAGGAGGAGCAGGGGUGAGUCAAGGGCAAGCAAGCGGAUCCAAAGGAAUAAGGAACUCUAGAACGAGUUCGCGAAAGGACAAGGAGGGAGCAAUAGCAGCGGGAAGCGGACAGAAGUUAUUGAAUAAAUCCAAGGCAGCAGCAGCAGGAGGUGCAGGUGGGGGCGGUGGAGAGGGAGGUACCGUAGCGGUGAGCAGGCGGAGGCGCUUGAGGCAGGUGUUCUGCAUGGAUGCCCCCACUGUCACCCACGGCUGGUGCAGCGAUGGUGAGGACGUGGGAGCAGAGUCAGACGGUGGGCUGUCUGAGGGAGACGAGGACGGGGAGGGCGGAGAUGAUGGUGCUGCUGCUUCUCGUCUGGGAUACACCCAGCACAGCCAUCGUCCCAAUCAGCAGCAGCAGCAGCAGCAGCUAAGGGACAUAGGUGCGGUAACCAUAACUCGUCCCACAGGUGGGGCAGAGAGCAGGAGGCGUCCAUCCACCGCCCCCCACGUGGACCACCAGUUGCGCCGUGUAUACUCCCAGCACAACCCGGACUCCUCUUCUGCUGCUCACUCUGCUGCGCAAUUUGCUGCACCAUCCACCUCCUCGUCUCCUAUUAAAGGCUCUACGGCCGCCAAGGCAAGGCGCGUCCCGUGUCAAGACGGAGAUUCGGUUGCUCCUGAGCGAGAGAAGCUCCGGAGGGUCAAGUCCCAGCAGCAUGGGGGGGAGGCGACCGAAGUGGUUCGCCGGAACACCACGGGCCUCGGCGCUCCAGCAUCUGCUGUCCGCCUGCCCCGCUCGCUGACAACCCACCAGCCCCCGAGCCGGUUUGACGAACCUCAGUGCAUGGGACAGAGGGCGGGUGGGGUGUCGACCCGGUUACCGCGUUCGCUCACUCAUCAGCCAUCGCAACCUCAAUCCGACGGUUCACACGAAGUCCCUGUAGGUGCUGUCUCGUCGAGAUCGUUUAAGUCCUCCCGUUCUGCAGAUGGCUCUGCCAAGCUCCGGCAUGCCAAGUCCCAGCAGUCCAACCCUGCGGUGGUGGCACAGCGGCAGCAGCAGGAGGAGGAGGAAGUGGAAGAAGAGGUAGAGGCUGGGACGGGAGUGGGCGGGAAUGCAUCUGGCCAACUGUUUCGAAUGCUGGAUGCAUUGGCCAAAGAGAGGCCCGAGGACCUGGCUAAGCUGCAGCGUGUGGUGGCACUUCAUCAGCAGCAGCUGGCAGGGCGAGCGGGGAGAGCAGGAGAGGGAGAGGGGAGCGAGGAAGAGGAGGAAGCGGAUGGACGGGAGGGGAGGAGGGAUGGGAGUUCUAUAAGGCGAAGGAGUAAAAGGUGCGAUGGAGGCAAGGCUGUUAACAAUGCUGCUGCUCGUGAUGAUGCAGAUGAAGAUAUCGUUUCUGGCGGUGACGUUCACACUGAUUGCAAAGCUGCUGCUCAUGCUGAUGUCUGGGCGCAUGAGCAGGAGGAAGCUGCAGCAGUUACGGCUGACUCCCACCCAAGGGACCACGUGCUAGGCAAGGAUUACUCCGAUAUAGCAGCAUCGUUUGUGAUUAUAAAGAAGGAGGUGUUGGGGCAGGGCGAGCUGGGCGUGGUGAGGAGAUGUGUGGAGGUGGCAUCUGGCGAGGUGUACGCAUGCAAGACAGUGGAGAAGAAGGGGAUUCGCACCAGCGAGGAUGCGGACGAUGUGAGGCGCAUGCUGGCAUGCCUGCAGGCAGUAAGGGGCCAUGCGAACGUGCUGACGCUCAAGGCUGUGUUUGAAGAUGCCGAGAACAUCCACGUUGUCAUGGAGCUCUGUGCGGGCGGCGAGCUCUUCGAUUUGAUUCGGCGGAACGGGCGGCAGAGCGAGGGCGUGUGCGCGUUGGUGUGCAGGGGAGUGGUGGCAGCACUGCAGCACUGCCACGGGCAGGGCAUCAUUCACCGUGACGUCAAGCCCGAGAACAUCCUCCUGCUGCACGCACGCCCCAACUCCCCCGUCAAGCUUGCUGACUUCGGGGUGGCCUCUGCGUUCAAGCAAGGUGUGCCCCUGAGUGACAUUGUGGGCACGAGAGAGUACAUGGCACCAGAAGUCAUCAGCGGAUGCUACGGCCCCGAAGCCGACAUCUGGAGCACUGGAGUCGUGCUCUACAUCAUGCUCUGCGGUACGCCACCCUUCCGGCCCUCGGCCAAUCACAGCGUGACAGAUGUCAUCCUCAAGAAGCCCGUGAGGCUGCGCUCUGAGCGGUGGAAAGGGGUAUCGGAGGAGGCAAAGGACCUCGUGCUGCGCAUGCUGGAGAGGUGCCCUGCCAAACGACUCACGGCCAGCCAAGUGCUAGAGCAUCCAUGGAUCCGAAAGUGGACGUGA